AUGACAAGCAAGGCAACUCAUCUAGAGUUGGUGACAGAACUAACUACAUCUAUGUUUUUAAAUGCCUUAAAACGAUUCGUAGCAAGACGUGGCUUAUGUAGUCAUAUUUACUCGGACAAUGCCUCCAAUUUUACGCGAGCAAAUCGUGAGUUGUUAGAGUUUUAUCACAUAAUUCAGAAAGACCAAAUUCAAAAUUAUUUGCGCGAUCAGAAAAUUCAGUGGCAUUACAUUCCAGCACGUUCUCCAAACUUUGGAGGUCUCUGGGAGGCAGCUGUUAAAGCAGUCAAACAUCACCUGAAACGCAUUUUGAAUAAUAUUCAUUUAACUUAUGAAGAGUUCUAUACUCUCUUAACUCAAAUCGAAGCGGUUCUGAAUUCAAGACCCUUAACCCCUCUAUCCAGUGAUCCCGAAGACCUUGAGGCCUUGACUCCAGGCCACUUCAUAAUUGGGGAGCCGCUCAAUUCAGUACCAGAACCUAAUGUCGAAAAUCAACGACUCACUCCCGUUGCGCGUUAUCAUCACCUUCUCCGAAUGACUCAACACUUCUGGAAGAGAUGGAAAAAUGAAUAUUUGCAUAACCUGCAGCAAAGGUCCAAAUGGAAGUUCCAAUCAGAUGUCUCUUCCCUAAUAGGAUCAUUAGUUCUUCUCAAGGAAGAUAAUACACCACCACAACAGUGGCCCAAGGGCAGAAUAACAGCGAUCCAUCCAGGGCAUGACAACAUAGUGAGGGUAGUGAGUGUCAAGACACCUAGUGGUAUAGUGAAACGUGCACUAGGGAGGGUUUGCGUGCUACCAUUAAACUCAAGUUAA